AUGGCCACUGUGUAUUGCUCCAAGGUUGCAGGUGAGCAAGGAACAAAAGGCAAUAAAGGAAACAUUGGCUUCCCCGGAUUUAAAGGGGAUAGAGGAGACAAAGGAGGUCUUUGUGAAAACGGAACCAAAGGAGAUAAGGGGGACCAAGGUGAAGUGGGCAAAAUGGGGCUAAGUGGACAAAAAGGUGAGACGGGUGAGAGAGGAGAUAUGGGAGAGAAAGGCGACUGUGGGGAUGAUGGCGAGAAGGGAAGUUUAGGAGAUGCCGGUUUACAAGGUGAGAAGGGUGACAAAGGAGAAAACGGGGAGCCGGGGACUGAUGGCACCAAAGGAAACGAUGGAAUUGGUGGAGAGAAGGGAGAUCAGGGACUAAAGGGAGACAAAGGUGUGCGAGGAUUACAGGGGCUGAAAGGAUUAGUGGGACCAAAGGGAAGAGACGGUGGAAGAGGUCUGCGUGGGAGAAAAGGUGGUCCUGGACCAAAGGGUGCGCCAGGACAAAAGGGCAAGGAUACAACUAUCACGCCAUCCGCAUUUAGUGUAGGAUUGUUGCCAAAUAAGUCCUUCCCUCCAGUCGACACGCCAAUAAAAUUUGAGAAGAUUUUCUACAAUGACCAGGAUGCCUACAACCCAGAAACUGGAAAGUUUCACUGCAGUAUUGGUGGGGUUUACCUCUUUUCCUAUCAUUUGACGGUGAGAAGUAGACCGAUAAGAGUUAGUCUGGUAAGAAAUGGCACUCGGAUCCUGAAGAGCAGAGAUGCAAUAUUUGGACAAGAUAUAGACCAGGCUUCUGGCAUGACAAUUCUCAAGUUGCAGCCCAGCGAUGAGAUCUGGCUGAUGAUAACCCGAGAGUGGAAUGGUGUGUUUGCCAGCAACGAUGAUGAUAGCACAUUCACAGGAUUCAUUUUGUAUCAAGCCUAG